AAAUCGUGCCAAAAUGUCGGAGACGAAAGUUCCCGGGCUAAAUGUCCGCAUAACAUCUAAAAGCCAGCUGGACAACAUCAAGAAGGUUGCGAUAACUAAACCCGGACAGCAAGCCUUGUUCUUAGAACUUGACCAGAAUCGUCCUUUGGCUGGUAUCAUUCAGGACAUCUGUGAAAAAUGGGGAAUCAUGCAGCCAGAAGAAUAUGCUAUACAGUUCUCAGACAGCAAUAAACAGCAGAUAUACAUAACAGAGAGGAGUCGACUAGAUAUCAGUAAUGGGGAUGUAUUAGUCCUAUCCCCCUCUCCUGCUAAAACCGCCAAAGAAGUGUACACAACCUUAAAGGAGGGCAAGCCAGAGGAGAAGAUGGGAGCGAUGGAGAAGCUGAGCAGACUGUCAGCAGACAUUACCUUCGCCAUGGAGUUCAUCACCAACGAAGGCCUCGACCUCAUCAAGCAGUUUGUCCGGGAUUCCAAGUUCCACGGAGAACCAAUGGCGUAUCUACUGAAGUCCUUCGUUAAUCUGAUGGAGCACGGUGUGGUAUCAUGGGAUACAAUAGAACCGGAAUUCACAAAGAAGGUUACAGACUAUGUUUCAAGUCCAAAACAUGGAAACAAAAUUAUUCAGCCCUCAUUAGAAAUUCUAGAAUCAGUCAUCCUUAAUAGUACUCAGCUAUCCAAGCACAAAGAAGUGGAGCAACAGGUGACGCCGGAGAAGAUCAACUGUCACCUGAAUACUCCAGAACUACAGAAGAAUGCUUUAGCCCUCUUAAAUGCCUUAUUUACUAAAGCUAGUCCAGACAAAAAGAGGAAAAUCAAUGCCAGCAUUCAGAACAAGGCCUUCAGGAAUGUCCUAGUGACAGUUUCUUUAGAGGUGUGGAAUCGCGAAUGGAACGCGGCAAAUAAUGCCAAACAGAAUGUGCUGAACACUUCGCGCACCAUCGGUUCGGAGAUGGGUCACCAGCUGUACUGUCUACAGACCCUGAUGUUAAACAUGUACGAGACCCGGAUGAAUACUCCGGCUGAUCCAGAUGAUCCAAAUGUGCAGAAGCAGAUUGACUCGCUGACAAAGAUUUGUUUUGAUGUGGACAAUGAGACAGCACAGUCGGGGAACCGCAAGUCUACCCUCUACAGGAAGCUCGGCUUUCAGGACCAAUCAAACCCUGGCAAUGACUUCUCCCUGAACACACCCCCGGGUCUGCUGGCUCUGGACAACAUCUGCUACUUCUCCAACAAGUACCAGGAGAGCUGUGUCAAGGUUGUUUUGGAAAACUGCACGAGGGCGGACGAACAUGACUGUCCAUUUAUAAAGGCAAGCAUUAUGCUAACCAAAACGUUGUGCGAAAUUCUGCGGAUUGGAGAACCUCCCCAGGAAGAGGAGACAGCUUACUACCCAAUGUUGUUCAGCCAUGACAAGCCGUUUGAGGAGUUCUUCUGCAUCUGUAUACAGCUCCUCAACAAAACAUGGAGAGAGAUGAGGGCAUCGAUGGAGGACUUUCCCAAGGUGCUGGGAGUUGCAAAAGAACAAAUCACGCGAGCGCUGCAGAAUCAGCCGCCGACCUUUGAUGCGUUCAGGGUGAGGCUGAACCAGCUGACGUACGCGGAGAUAAUCCGCCUGUGGGAGCGUGAGAGGAAGAGCAAGGAGGAGGACCAAGCCCAGGCUGCGCCCAUCAUAGAGCUGAGGAAGAUGAUCACGCCCGAAAUGAAGGAGCUGAUUCGCCAACAGAGGUUGAACUACUUGAUUGAGGGGUCAAAGUUCCCCAAGUACACCACAAGGGGGCGCACCAAAGAGAAGUACUGGCAAUGGAAACUGACCCCAAACCUUAAAGCCUUCCACUAUGGCGACUGUGCAGAAAAUGACAACCUACCCCUAGAAAAGCUGAACAAUAAAUUGCCUGUGAGCGACAUUAAAUCGUUUGUCACCGGGAGAGACUGUCCACACAUCAAGGAUAAAAAGGAGAAGACCAGAAUGGCUCCAACAGGGACUCUGCCAAAGACUAAGUUUAAGACAGAUACGCAUCAUAUGUUCAGGAGACCAACAGACCAUGCCUUUUCGAUGACUACCACAAGUUUUGCAAUCCAACAUGUGAACUCAGACACGAACGACAUGUACUGUUUUGUGGCCAAAGACGAGGUCGAGUUUGACAUGUGGACGGAUGGACUGAACGUACUACUGGGCCAUGAGAUGAGAAGUACACAGAUGUACAAGGAUCUGAACAUGCUGUUGGACAUGGAGAUUAGAAUUCGUCUGCUGGACGCUGAGGGAAUAGCCAUUCCUAACGAACCUCCCCCCAUUCCCCCAGAGCCAGAGAACUAUGACUUUGCCUUCCCUGAGCUUUAGGAACAAGAACCACGUACCUGUGUUCAUUCCAACAUUGACAUUAUGAUGCUAGUGACAUAGAGAACUAAUCUUGUACAAGCCAUUGAUAGGAUCUGUUUUUGCUCAUUGUUUUUUAUAUGAGAUAUCUGAGCAUUUUUCCUUUUCAUUUUACAUGCAUGCAUCAAUUGUUCACAACAAUAUGUCAUUUUGAAAAAAUUUGGCUCUUACUCAUGCUGGCUUGAUAUCUUGGUUGAUUUAUAACCAUGAUGUACAUGCGCGGAUCCAGAAAAUUUUUCCAGGGGGGGUCCGAAGGAUAAUUGUGUUUGCCAGGGGGGGUCCGAGGCAUAUUUUCGCGAUAAUUUUACAAUGUAAAUUUAAUAAAUUUUCAUUUUCCAGGGGGGGUCGGGACCCCCCCUCUAGAUCCGCGCAUGAUGUAAUCAUCUGUGAAUGACAGCAUCAGAUUUAUACAGGACCUGUAAUUUAAUUUCAAGGGAGAUAACCCACUUGCAACUGGAUUGCUUUUCUAGAUCUGCAUAUAGAUAUUUGUAUUCAUUGUGCAAUUUUUUUAAAAAUUAGUAUAUAUUAAGUUCAAUCGAUACCUAAUCCUUUUUAUAAAGUGGAUGUUUUUAUACUAUUUUCUGAGCAAUGUCAAUAUAUGUUUUCAGAGUACUCUCCCUGGUAGAAAGUACAAUCGAGAUAUAAUACUUCCAUACUGUAAAAUAUACACCUUAUUUAAAAAAAAAAAUGAUUGUGCCUUAAGUGUUAAAUCAAGUAAUACUGAAAUGGUCUGCGUUGAAUUAUACAAGAAAAAAAUUGUUAAAAUCUUUUCACUUAGAGAUAUUUCCUCUGCUGAAUCAAAGAAUGAUUAAUAAUACAAGCGAAAGGAGGAGCCUCGUUCAGGGAUUGUUUGUGAGGCCACAUGUUCAAUGGGCCCAGAUUUGUAAGAGACAAUUUCAACUAUUAUAGACGAUGCAGCACAUACAGAAAUAGCUGACCAGUAUUGUAGUGUAGAUUCAAGUUUGUUCAAAAACAUGAUCCCUAGGGGUAGGGUAGGGCCACAUUGGAGGGUCCAAUUUUUAUUAAGGCUUGGGGCAGUGUAUGUAUUCUAAAUGUACUGCUGGAACAGUGAUUUCUUUGUACCUUAGUAUGUUAUUAUGUAAAUAUACUAGUCUUUAAGAUAAUUCCCAAACUUCCUUUGCUAUGAAUUGGUUACAGCCAAUGAUACUGUGACCAAUGUGUGGCCCGUUUGUGGUUCAGUUUGAAGCCAAGUAUGGUAUUUUCACCCUACGAAGGAUCAGGGUGAGGAACUAGUCACUGUGUGUGUGUGUGUGUGUACUCUAACAUGACUUUGUGUUCACCGAUUACUUGAAACAAGUCCAUGGGUCGUAAACAAACUGCUAUAUAUUUAUGUGAUAUAUAUUAAAGGUGUGUAAUUGAGGAAAACCCAAAACUGUUUGUAGAAGAUGACAGCCAUUUUCAAUAUUUUUUUUUUGCUGUCAAAAUAGUAUCAAAUUCAAUUUGUAUGUAUUUAUUGGAAAACAACUUUAAGAAGGCUAGUUGUUUGUGGCCAUUUCUAGACUAUUUAUCUCUUUAUAAAGAAAUGAUUUGUGUAAUGUAAUACAAAUAUAGUAGAAUAUUGAUUCUAUAUUCUAAAUCCCAAAUAUUUGGAAUUUUUCUUUAUUGAACAGUAGUUUAUGGCUUAAAAACAAUAUCUAACAGUUUUAAGGAGGAUCUGGUGUUUCAAUUUUGACCCAAUUUUUGAUUGUCAUUAGAAUGUUGUUGGAAAGAGUCAUCAACUCCAUCAAACCGGAUUGAUCAUCAUUAACUCGAGUCAUGGUCCAGAGUCAGAGGAGAUUUCUUCAGGUGAAUGGAGAUUUAAUGUCUACCAGAAACGGACAUGGUUUGCGUUGAUGGUGAUUAUGCAUGUAUCUCAAAAUUUAUAUAGACAAUUACUGAGAUGGAGAAAAAUCUUUUAUUUACAUAUUGUAUGGCAGAACACUGUCUGUUAAUACAAAUGCUUAUAAUACAUUUUUUUGAGAGGAUACUAACAAUAUUAGUAAACUUAUUACAUACAUGUUGAAUGAAAAAUACAAUAAAAUACAUAAAAAUUAAA